GACCGGGGAGCGCGGAGGAGGCGAGCGGGCAGCGGGGGACGGUGCGGUGCGGGUGGCGGCGGGAAGACGCGAGAAGCUGCAUUUGUCAACGUUCUCCCUUCCUGGCCACCCUGAAAGGCGAAGGAAGCCCCCGGGGUCGGCUGCGGGGGGGCAGCCUGCAGGGCUUGGGGGGCGCGAAGGCAGGACCUACGGGGGGGGGCUGAGCCGCCGGCCUCCUCCUGCUAGCAGCCCUCGGCCCGCCCCUCCCCUCGGCCCCGCACGGCACUUCGCCAGCGACGCCACGGCGAUGGGCGCCUAGCCCAGAGGCUGCUGCAGCGGAGAGGCCAGGGAGACCGCGGCCCGCGAGGAAUGGAGGUGCAGCGGCCCUUCAACGAGUCGCUGCUCUGCAGCUGGCCCGCCAAUGGCUCGGCCAGCGGCGCCUGGAACGGGACCGGCGGCGGCGGCGCUUCUCGGAGACACCCCCGUGGCCCCCGAGACCUGGACCUGACGGUGCGAGUCCUCCUCUACUCGGUGAUAUACCUCCUGAGUGUUUUUGGGAACGUGCUCAUCAUCGUGGUGCUGGUGAUGAACAAGCGGCUGCGCACUGUCACCAACUCCUUCCUGCUCUCAUUGGCCCUCAGUGACCUCAUGGUGGCCACCUUCUGCUUGCCCUUCAACCUCAUCCCCAACCUGAUGGGCACCUUCAUCUUUGGGAAAGUCAUCUGCAAGGCCCUCACCUACCUCAUGGGGAUGUCUGUGAGCGUCUCCACCUUCAGCCUGGUGGCCAUCGCCAUCGAGCGCUACAAUGCCAUCUGCAACCCGCUGCAGUCGCGUGUGUGGCAGACGCGGUCCCAUGCCUACCGGGUCAUCGCUGCCACCUGGCUGAUUUCUGCCCUCCUCAUGCUGCCUUACCCAAUCUACAGCACCACCACCUCCUUGCCCAGCAACCCCAGCGUCUCCCACUGCAGCCACAAAUGGCCAGGGAGCCACAUCAAGCAGGCCUGGUAUGUGCUGCUUCUGGUGAUGCUGUUCCUUGUUCCAGGGUUGGUGAUGAUUGUUGCUUAUGGCUUGAUUUCCCGUGAGCUCUACAGGGGCAUCCAGUUUGAGAUGGACCUCACCCGAGAGGCCAAAGCUCAGCAGAAUGGGGCCACAGAGCCCCUUGCCCCUUGCGAAGAGGGGGACGGCUGCUACAUCCAGGUGCCCCACCCUUCAGGGGGCUCUGUGGAGCUGUCGGUCCUGACGGCCUCAGAGGACAGUGCUCACCAGGAGCGAGCCCGCAUCAACAGCUCGAAGGCCAAACUCCUCGCCAAGAAGCGAGUCAUUCGCAUGCUGGUGGUGAUUGUGGUCAUGUUCUUUGUGUGCUGGCUGCCCCUCUAUGUGGUCAACACGUGGCGUGCCUUCGACCUCGCAGCCGCCCACCGUGCCCUCUCUGGAGCGCCCAUCUCAUUCAUCCACCUGCUGUCAUUCACCUCAGCCUGUGUCAACCCCUUCAUCUAUUGCUUCAUGAACAAGCGCUUCCGCAAGGCCUUUGCUGCAACUUUCUCGUGCUGUGUUGCCUGCUGCCGGCGCCCCCCGCGCCCCCCGGAGGACGAGGCCACGGCCACAGGGGCCUCCUUGUCCAAGUUCAGCUACACCACUGUCAGCAGCAUUGGGGGGCCCUGACCCCACCCGCCGGCUUUCUGGGUGCUCCCAGCUGCAUCAUGUGUGGGACACUUUGCACCCAUCCACCCACCCCAGGUUUCUCUGUCCUCCCCUUGGCUGUUGCUCGGGGUCCCCUUUUGCCUCCCCUCUCAGGCCAGGAAGUGAUUUUCCUGUAGUGGUGCAAAGGCCGUGGAUAUGAGCAGCUGCCUGGGGGGAGGGCUGUUAAAUGCCCCCUGCCUGUUCAUUUGCAAGAGGGGCAUAAAUGGAGCUGUCUGAGGUGAGUUAUUGGGGCAGGGGCCUUUGCUCUGCUCUGCUGCUGGCCAGUGCUAGAGAAGUGGGCUCCUCCUCACCCACACAGAGCUUGUGCUCGCCCACCUGAGGCUCAGCUCCUCCUCUUUCCAGGGCAGAGAUGCCCCUCCCUCGCACAGUCACUUGCACCCCUAAUUCCCCCUCCAUCCCAUCGCCAUGGAGUCCUGUGCUUGAAGGAGGCUG